UUCUGUUGUAGAUACUUCCGGUAUGGAGUUUACAAAAUGACUAAUGUUAAUAAAAAGCGUUACGAGACACGUAGCUGUGAAUACUUAACUUUUAAAAGUUGACAGACGUCACUUUAAAUGGAAAUUGAGUUUUACUUCUCUUGGUUCUUAUGAUUUUUCUCAUUUGUUAUUAAUAUACUCAUGUUUUAAAUGGUAGCUGUUUGGUGGAAUAUCCUUCUUUGGACCACAGGAGAAGCUUGAAGAAAUGUCAUUCUGGUAAAUGCAAAAGACGAAAUGGAAGCCUCAAAGUUAAUUUUGUUCGUUUUGAUAAGACUGACAUAUAUCAAUGCAGAUGUUGUAAACGUGGCAAUAGGUAAAACAACCACACAAUCUGGCGAACUAUGGCCAUCCAGAAAUGCAGUUGAUGGAAUAAAGUACUGUCCAGUAGUAAAUGGAACGUAUUAUACUUUAACAGACGACAGUCAUUUACCAUCAUGGCAAGUGGAUCUGGGAGAUUUGUUUAGGAUUGAGCAAAUCAAUAUAUUUGGAAGACAUGACAGCAUUAUAAAUCAACUGCAAGGGUUUCGACUUUACCUUUCCCAUGACAACUUCAGUGAGCAGUCAAGGCUAGUAUACACAAACAUAGAUUCCAAUAACGGUUUUAUCACAGUCACAUCAGUUCCGACGGGACUUUAUCGAUAUGUAAAACUCGAUUUACCGGGCACAUAUAGGUCCUAUGCACAUCACCAACGCAUAGAAAAACAGGAAGGACCAGUCGUGCUAUGCGAGGUUGAGGUUUUAGUAAAUGCAAAGAAUGUUGCUGUCGGAAAAAAUGUCACAAUGUCUUCAUAUAUUUCGAGUUGGGAUCCAUAUAAGGCAGUUGAUAACAUUACUGAUCAAGAGGCGAGCACAUGUGAUUGCUGUAGUCAUUCUUCCGACAGUAAACAACCAUGGUUAACUGUGAAUUUGGGGAAGCAGUACACUAUUAUUCAGAUAAAGGCAAUUGGGAGAUAUGAUGAAGACCACAGGGAAAAUCGCCAGUUAUAUGGAUUAAAGAUCGUCACAAACGGUUCAGAUAAUCUUUGGUCUGACGACAAUGCCUCUACAAACCUAUUCCGAAAUACCAUUACUUUUAAUCCAACGAAUUUAUCAAGUCAAUUUGUGACGUUACGACGCCCUGGGCCGCCAGAUGGUGAAUGGUUUUUAGUUGUAUGCGAGUUACAAAUAUUUGUCAGGGAAUGCGACAGCGGCACAUAUGGGAUCAGGUGUGAACACAAGUGUGGUUACUGCAAAAGGUUACCAUGUGAUGCCGAAUCAGGGUUCGGUUCAGAUGGAGAAUGUCUGGCAGGAUGGUCUGGGAAGACGUGUAAAACAUGUGCGGCUACAACCUUUGGGGAAGAAUGUUCAAGUGUUUGCCAUUGCAAAAAUGAUGCGGCUUGUAGCGACGUUGAUGGUAGGUGUCCGGAAGGUGGAUGUGCUCCAGGUUGGCAGGGAUCAGCUUGUGAUACAAAAUGUGCAAAUAACACGUUUGGUCCAGAUUGUGCUCAUCAGUGUCAUUGUGCAAAUAACUCACCAUGUGACAGUUUUAAUGGCCACUGCUCAGCAGGAUGUGACAUUGGGUGGACUGACACCGGCUGUAAUGUAGAGGAAAAUAUCAUGCAUCUUUUAAACAUUUCCGUAAAGACGACCAUGUCAUCUAUUGCUUCAAACAGGACAUCCGAUCUUGCUAUUGAUGGAAAUAUUGGACCGGACCCAGACCAAUGUCAGUGUUGUAGUGAAACAGAAAACGCACAAUUGUCUUGGUGGAUAGUGGAUUUUGGACAAACAAUUCCUGUUAGAAGUGUAAUCAUUUACAGCAGAAAUAACGAAAAUUCGUUUCAUCACCUGGAUGGUUUUCAACUGAGUUUAUCGAACAAUAUACUAUACAACUCAACUUUAUUUAGACUCAGCAAUACCGUUAUGUCCGGGAAAAUGUACAGGAUUUUACUUCCGAAUGUUUUAACAAGACAAAUAAAAAUCCAACGACCUGGUGUUCUGGCAUUUUGUGAAGUAAAAGUUUAUAAAGGAGUGUGUGAGGUAGGAGCAUUCGGGUAUGAAUGUUCAAAGAAAUGUCACUGUGCAGACAACCAACCAUGUGCUCAAGUUACAGGCCUUUGCCAGAAUAAUGCCUGCAAAACAGGAUGGAGGGGAUCAGCAUGCGACGAAAAAUGCCUUCCUGACACAUUUGGCGAUGAAUGCAGAGAGAAAUGUUACUGCGAGGUGGGAACAUGUACAAGUAAUUAUGGCAUAUGUACUGGAAAAUGUCGACGUGGAUAUUAUGGCCCUCACUGUAAUCUAGAAAACGCAGUUGAUUUAGCAGUUGGGUUUGAAAUACAAAAUCAAACAGAUGAUCACUUCAAUUGCAAGAAAGACUACAACAUUGCGGUCGUUGUUGUUGGCGCUGUUGGUGGUUCUGCAGCAGUUAUUUUUGUAGCGGUUGGUGUCAUCAUAUUCAGGUUCCGAAAGAGAAAGAGUAGAACGAGCAAAAAUGAAAACGCCACUGCAAGCUUCUAUGUUACACCGACCCAUUCGCCAAACUAUGACACUUUAGACAUACAGAAUGAUAAUCAAGGAUCAAGUAACAAUGAAUAUGAAAAUGAAGAAGUCGCCAGCGUUAUAUCUCAGCACCAUAUGAAUGCGAGUAUUCAAGUAUGGUAUUUAUUUAAUUUCAGUUCAAGUUAUAUUUUCCUCUUUCCUAAAAUUGUUAAAUUGGUUUUGUUUUCUUUGUCUAAAGAAAUGAUGGGAACACUUACACAACCAUAUUUGUGCAUAGUUUUGACAUACGGAUUGGAGAUUUAUUCUCAAAGACUAGAUAACCUAGCGUUGUAUAAGCCAACUGCACAAUUAGGAAUAUUCCACUAUCCACCAAAUAAUCCGCAUGCACUCUGGUUGUCAAGCAAUGCAGUUGAUGGACUGAAAGUAUGUCCUGUAGAUGCAGAUUACAAACAUUACAGUGCAACAGAAGUGAGAGCAGAGCCUUGGUGGCAGGUCGACUUAGGAGAUGUUUAUUUGAUAGCGAAUAUUACUGUAUAUGGAAGACCUAGUCAACCGCCUGUUCAACUGCAUGGAUUUAACGUGCAUCUGUCGCUGGAUAACCAGGUUUCAAGUGCAAACAUCAUCUACAAUAAUAAAGUCCCAUACGGCAAUGGAAUUUUCACAGACAUAAUAGCAAGUGGAAAAGUUUACCAUGCUAGAUAUGUUACUAUAGUUCUACCUGUAACUUCUGUACGUAUUUACGACAGCCCACUUGUACUAUGUGAGGUAGAAGUUUAUGGAGUGGAAAAACAAAGAAAAUGUGACAUUGGAAGGUUUGGAUAUGGAUGUUUGCAUCAUUGUCACUGCUCAGACAAGAAAGCAUGUAAUUCAGUAAGCGGAAGAUGUAAGACGCCUGGCUGCUUACCCGGAUGGCAGGGAUAUGCCUGUGAUAAAGGUAUGCUCAGGCUUCUUAUGUCUUAA